CGCCGCGCUGACGUUACCCGGGAUGCGGGCCGGUUCCGCAGCCGUCUUCGCCGCCUCCGCCUCUCCAGCCACCCGGGUUUGUAUGAAAACACCGGACGGCGGGCGGCGAGGGACCCGCCGUGCGCCCCCGGAGCCUAGGGCGCGGAGGCCGAGCGCAGCCCCCGCCAGCGCCCACGCCGAGCCGAUUACCUUCAGUGCUGGAAUGAAGUGACCCAAGAUGAGCAAGCUGAAAGUGGCGGGAGAGAAAAGCCUCACCAAUAGUUCUCGGGUUGUGGGACUCCUGGCUCAGCUGGAGAAGGUCAAUACAGAUUCCACAGAGUCAGACACUGCCAGACAUGUUACAUCCAAGAUUCUUCAUUUGGCUCAAAGUCAAGAAAAAACAAGGAGGGAAAUGACAACCAAAGGUUCUACAGGCAUGGAAGUUCUGUUGGCAACAUUGGAGAACACGAAAGAUCUUCAAACUAUACUUAAUAUCCUAAGCAUUCUUUUCGAGCUGGUGUCAUCUGGUGGAGGUCGAAGAGCAAGUUUCUUAGUUGGCAAAGGUGGCUCACAAAUACUGUUGCAACUACUUAUGAAUGCUAGCAAAGAUUCUCCCCCACAUGAGGAAGUUAUGGUACAGACUCAUUCCAUUCUUGCAAAGAUUGGACCAAAAGAUAAAAAGUUUGGAGUGAAAGCUCGAGUUAACGGGGCACUGAACGUGACUCUCAGUUUGGUCAAGCAGCACUUGCAGAACCACCGCUUGGUUCUACCUUGUCUUCAGCUCUUACGAGUGUACUCUACUAACUCUGUGAACUCAGUAUCUUUAGGUAAAAAUGGAGUUGUGGAGCUGAUGUUUAAAAUCAUUGGACCAUUCAGUAAGAAGAAUUCCGGUCUUAUGAAGGUUGCUUUAGACACUCUUGCUGCAUUGCUAAAAUCAAGUUUUAGCUCAGGAGUGUCUUCUCACAAAUACCUUGGGAGUGUGAGAGGCAGGCACAGCAGUAAGGUUUAUUGUGAUUACCAUGGCCAUUCUCGAAAAAAGAAUGUAUUUAUGUAUGGCUGCAGCAUCAAAGAGACAGUGUGGCAUACCCACGACACGGCGACUUCCUGUGAUGUUGUGGAAGACAUGGGAUACAGGACUUUGCCUAAGAUACUGAACCACAUUGCUCCAGCAUUUUGCAUGAGCAGUUGUAGCUUUGUGGUGGAAAAAUCCAAAGAAUCCACAGCUCGGGUUGUAGUGUGGCGGGAAAUAGGAGUACAAAGGAGCUAUACCAUGGAGAGCACUUUAUGUGGCUGCGAUCAGGGAAGAUACAAGGGUUUACAGAUUGGGACUCGAGAAUUGGAAGAGAUGGGAGCAAAAUUUUGUGUUGGUUUAUUGCGUUUGAAAAGACUGACUUCUCCAUUGGAAUAUAAUCUGCCCUCCAACCUGCUUGACUUUGAAAAUGACUUAAUUGAAUCAAGCUGUAAAGUAACUAGCCCCACCACUUACGUUUUGGAUGAAGAUGAACCUCGGUUCCUUGAAGAAGUUGAUUAUAGUGCAGAAAGCAAUGAUGAGUUAGAGGUUGAAUUAGCAGAGAACACGGGUGAUUAUGAGCUUUCUGCCCAAGAAGAAGCCCUUUCUGACUCCGAGGUAUCAAGAACACACCUGCCUUGAACUUUCUGCCAUCUUUGUUACUUGCCAAGAAGAAAUGACAUGUCUUGGUUUUUGUUAUGCAGGAAAUCUGAGAGGCAUAAGCACUUAGACAACUGACUCAAAGAAGACGAAAAGGAACUUGGCGCCUGUUUGGUUUCAAGACAAUAAAUAUAUUGUUAAUUCAUGACAUAAUUGGCAUUUGUUUUAUUUUAGGUAUUCAAUGUACUUUAUAUAGCAUUGAAUUAUCAGAUGAUUGAUUUACUUAAAAAAAAAUGAACCCAAGUAUCAUUGCAUGAAUUUUUCUCUCCUGUGGCACCUGCAUCAAGUAGAUAAAGUCAAAGUGUGUCCGAAUACAAAAAUCUAAAUUCUGGAGUGUUGGAAACGAAUACGUCUGCCCAUGGCUUUCCCUAGACGUGCUUGUGUGGAGGUGGUAGUUACUGAAGAUAAGACUGCUCUUCAGGAUCAUGUGAACUGUGGGUUGUGGCUAAAAUAAUCCAGAAUCUGCCUUGAAACCAUCCCAUUCUACAUUUAUCAAGUUAAAUAAAAACUAUGUCGAAUACUGCA